ACACAUCAUACUGAAAUAAGAUGUGGAGUGAAACACAUCUUUUAAAAAAACUAUUUAAUUUAUUAGCAACAAAUGUGUGAAAGAAACCAAUAUUUUGAAUAAUAUUCUGUGCAAGGUGUUAUCUGAACAUUUGCAUCAUUUAUUCGCAUAACGAGGAUUUUAAUUUAAUCUUUCUUGAUUGAUUAAGGUCCACUUUUGACGACAUUGAAUACAUAUCUGUUUUAUCAGCAGACGAUAUCAUUGAGAUGUCGUGUCCAACCCAAGCUUUGCCCGACACAUUUCCUCACGAUUUGUCGGAAUCUGAAAUCUCAUUUUACGCAAACGAAAACAUGGAUAUGAAAACUGAAUUAGUCAGCGAGCCCCAAACUCCCCAGGAAUCCAUCCCUACCACCGUCAGCCGCAUGACAUUCUCCGACAUCUUUCACAAACAAGACACAUCCAGCUGUUCAGACAGUAUGGACAUGCUAAGCUGGACUCAGAAGCAUCCUCAGAAUUGGAGUACGUUAGAGGUCCUCGAUUGGUUAUACUAUGUUGCUGAUGCCAAACACCUUGAUAUUGCAAAACUACGAGGAGAACAAUUCAACUCUGUGACUGGAAAAGAACUUUGUGAAAUGACUCUCGGUCAAUUUAUUGAGCGAGACCCAGAAUACGGACAGCAGUUUUAUGAAAUGUUCCGAAGGCAUGUUAACGAGGCCCAGUUCAUCACCCCCCAACAGAGCGAGGUCGGCACGGACACGUCAAGUCAGCUGACGGACCUCGUCAACGCCCUCCUCUUCCCGUCCUCCUCCUCCUCAUCUUCCUCUUCAUCUGAAGACAUCAUGGAAAUAGAUGAAUCUACGAGCAAAAUGUUAGAUAACAACAUAGAGACGGUAUACGACCCCACGCUAGGCGCCCCAAAAGUCAACAUCUGCGGGGAGUGGUACGAUAUCGACAGUGACCCAGCCCUGUUCCCGACCGAUAAUAGUUGUCCUACUUGGGUCGAUCCUGGAUACAUUAGCGGAGAUUCAGAAAUUGGAAGUGAACACGACAAGAACGAGUUAUCUGUGAGCGCUGUGUUCUCUGACGAGGAGAUGCCAGAACCAAAGAAAGUCAAAAACAGGACCAGAAACUCCUCCAGCGUUUCAAACGACAGCGGCAUCGUGGAGCCAGAACAGGAGGCAGAAAGGGUGCCAAAGAAGUGCAACAGAGGCAGAAAAGUGGGCCAAUCUUCAAAAGGAAAUCAUUUAUGGGAAUUCAUCCGCGAUUUGCUGAAAGAUUCCGCCUUUAACCCGACUCUUCUGCGCUGGGAGGAUAAAGAGACCGGGGUGUUCCGGUUUGUGCAGUCCGAGGCAGUUGCGCAAAUGUGGGGCCGCAAAAAGAACAACACGAGCAUGACAUAUGAGAAGCUGAGCCGUGCUAUGAGGUUUUGCAGAUCAGCAGGCUAUUUUGCAGACGUACCCAAAAACGGAAAAUUUCCAAAGAAAUUAUGCUUCCGUUUCGGGCAAAAGGCGCACGGCUGGAAAGACCUCUAAACUCGCUUUAGAUAUUACUAUAAGCGAGGAAUCCUCGAUCGAGUGGACGGGAGGCGUCUGGUCUACAAGUUUGGACCCAAUUCCCACGGAUGGAAAGACUGAACAAGUCUCAUUGGUGCAAAAUCAAAAUUACUUCAUGACGUCGACUGCAUCAAUUUGUCGGUGGAAGCGAGUCGCGGAGACAUGCGCAGUUACCAGUUCAAUGACGAUUCCGUCAUGGCGCAUGCGCAAAAGAAUAUCAGACGUCCAGACAUGGCACAACAUCCUGUGCCAAGAGGAUACCAAAGUUGUUGUAAAAGUGUUCAUCAAAAACUGUGCAUUAAGUCAUCAUACUCAUUGACAUUAUAGUUCUAGAUGAAAAUACGUAUGGAUGUUUGUGUGUAUAGACACAUAUUUACACAUUCGCCAAAAAAUCAACACAAAGUCGUUACAGAAAGGCAGCUACAUUAAAAAAAACUUCUUUAAGAAUGCGUACUUAAUUGCUAAUGGGGAAAAAUGACAAUCCAUUCUCUUAUCUGAGUUACAACUACUUGGUUUUUUUUUUAAGAACUGUGUCUUUAAGAACAAUGUCUUUAAUAACAAUGUCUUUAAUAACAGUGUCUUUUAAUGAUCUCUUAACUGAUGUGACUUUAAAAACAAAAUCCAAAAAUAGUCUCCAGGAACAUUGUUUGUAAUGGACCUGAAGAAAGAAGAGCUUGGUGACUGACAGGUGCGAGCUCUCCCAACAUCCAAAAACUAGAAGUCCCACACUGUGCUAUAAUUAGUUAAUUAAUUUAUUGUGUAAUUUAUUUAUUUCAUAUGACAAAUUAUGUAUUAUAUUAAUUGUUGAAAUCUAUUUUUGUACAUUUGUAAGAAAAAUAAAACAAUCAUAAAAAAUA